AUGACUUCAAAAUGCCCCUCAACGCCCCUUCAUCCUGAUGCUAAUCAGGAAAUUGAAACACCUGCCACGAAAAUCCCCCAGGAACUUACGUCCGCCCUUGAUCUCGGCAGCGAUUCUGAAGAUGACGGAAGUAAUAUAAUGCACGAUGCCCAUUUGGCUAAGGUGAUAUCUAAAACAGGUGGUCCAGAGCUUAGUGAGGAAGAAGAUGAAAUGGAUAACAAUGAUUCUCUUAUGGACAGCGAUGAUUUAGAACGUCUAGACCCCGAAGUGAUGGAUGCAAUGGCACCAAUGGGGGAACCUCUUUCACCAAGACCAUCCCCUAGCAGUUCUGAUUCUGCCUCUGGCGUUGCGUCUUCUGGCUUCUUUGAUACUGAUACACAAAAAAGACGUACUCCAUUGAAUCCGUUUGGCGGCAAUUCACAACUUGCGUCUUCAGAGCCCAUUCGUAUUAUUCGGAAAAAAUCCCGGUCACAAGGAGCCUCAAAACCCCUUUCUAUGAAGCAACAGAGCCGUUUAGUCACUUACAUAGACGAACGCCUCAUGGAAAUACAACGAAGAUUUAUUAAGUACCUUUCAGCGCGUGAAGACCCUGAUAAUGAACCAGAAUCUACUGCAACUCAAUUUGGCUUCUCCGAUUUGGCCGAAGCAUUAGACAAAGUCAUCACCAUAAUAUGGUAUUCGAUUUUUCAGGUGAAAGUUGUGCCAUUUGUGUAUCAUUACAAUAUACUAACGCCUAGCGAAGCGGCCGUCUUAGGCUACAACGAAGGUAAAGAGGUCGUGUUGGAGGAAAUUACCCCAGAUUUCCUUUUUGGACAGACCAAUUAUUUUAUCAGGAUUAUGGGCGAUCUUGUUGAUUAUGUGGAGAAGUUCGAGUUCGUGCAUUUCGACUCGAUUCAUAAUCUCCUUCUGCUAUUUGCUAAGUUAGACAACAUUAUCUCCAUACUCAUCGAUGAAUAUAGCGAAGACAAUGGGCCUUCUAGAACAAACAAUCAGCCUUUCAUUAACAACACGGAAAAGAUCAGAAUCGAUUCCAUUAUUAGUCGAACAAAGCUUCUUGUGAUCCAGAAGUUUGAUGUAUUUAAAAAGAUAUCGCUUUAUGAAUCCGUGGACGAAAAUGGAAAACGCAAGCAGAUAGAGAGUGACAUCAAAAAGGAUAUUCAAAAAUAUGAAUUGUUGAUUGGUGAAAUAUAUGAAGGAAUUCUCGAUAGAACGUCUAUAUGA